AGAAAGUGCAUCAGAACGGAAGUCCCGAGUAAGGAGCGGCCCCGAGCUCAAGUAAGCAUUUUCAGGCACUGGUAGGCUUCCUGCUGUAGUUUGCUCCACCCUUUCUCCUGAGACGUCCAACAGAUUCUCCUGCAGUCAUGUCGUAUGGGAGGACAGAUCAACGCGCUUCGCCGAAAGACUUCAGCAGCCUCAUUCAGACAUGCAGCUCCAAUAUUCAGAAGAUCACACAGAACACUGCUCUAAUCAAGGGCUUGGUCAACCAACUGGGCACAAAACAAGACACCGGUGGCCUGCGGGAGAGACUUAAGCAGAUGCAGCACUACACAAACCAGCUGGCAAAAGAGACCAACAAACACCUGAAGGACCUCGGCUCACUCUCAUUGCCCGUCUCCCUCUCCGAACAGAGACAGCAGAAGAUCCAGAAGGACCGGCUGAUGAAUGAUUUCUCCGCUGCUCUAAACAACUUUCAGGCCGUGCAGCGUCGAGCCGCGGAGAAAGAGAAGGAGUCAGUGGCCAGAGCUCGAGCGGGGUCUCGUCUUUCUGCUGACGACGGAGGUCACGAUGAGCAGCUGGUCUCCUUUGAUAAUAAUGAUGAUUGGGGCAAGACCACCACUCAGACAGAAGACGUGGCCAUAACAGAGGAGGACCUGGAGCUCAUUAAAGAAAGAGAAACCGCCAUUCAACAACUUGAGUCGGACAUUUUGGAUGUGAAUCAAAUUUUCAAGGAUCUUGCCGUGAUGAUCCAUGAUCAGGGUGAAAUGAUUGAUAGCAUAGAGGCUAAUGUGGAGAGUGCAGAAGUGCAUGUGGAGAGAGGAGCUGAGCAGCUUCAGAGAGCCGCACAAUAUCAGCAAAAGUCCCGUAAGAAGAUAUGCUUCCUGGCAGUGGGCCUUUCCAUAGUGGUGCUCAUCAUCGGCAUUGUCAUCUGGAAGCUUUCCUAGUAAAGAUUCUUCCUCUGCCCCUUACAUUUCUUUAAUUUAUUUUCUCAAUCUCAAACCCAGUGCCAUCCACGUGAAGGUCAGAUACUCUCAACAGCACCCAUAGGGUCCGUCUCUGUUGGUUUGCAGGGUUAGAUACACUAUGAAGUGGCUAAAACGAAUGUAACAUUCCCAAGACCUUUAGCAUAUGAUGAAGGCUUAUGAGCUCACGGGUGGGGUGGGAAAACAAUAAUAUAAGUGAUAUAAAAAAUUCAAUUUUGAUUCUUGUGAUAUAUUUCUAGCACUAACACUACUUUACGUUUCUUAUUAAAACCGGGUUAUUUCAUAUUGGACAAGUUUGUCGGAUUGAGACGAGGUGUAAAAAACGGCGUUUGAUGACUAAAAGUGUUUUUCUACAUCUAACUGUAAUAUAACGUUGGCUUUAGAUGUCUUGUACAUUUCAAAUCUAUCCAAGUUGUCGAGUCACUCCACAUGUUAACGACGAACGCUUAGAUGAGCUGCAAAUUUAAUUGUACAGUUGAUGCCAUGUUGUUGAUUCCGUAGAGCAGUAGAACAGCAAAUAUGAGGCAGCGAUGAUACCUAAAGCUUAAACAUCUCUGCCCUUCAAUUUCAAUACUGUUACUGGUGUUGGUUUAUUACACAGAUGGACAUAUAGCUGUAAAUGUGUUGUAUAAGAACUCCUAAUCAAUAUUAUGGCUGAACCAGAUUUGUAUAUUACAAUAAAGUCUGCACAGUAUGUUAAAAAAAAAAAACGAUGUAAAAAGAAUCGCACCCAUACUUUUAGAACUUGCAAAAAAAAUGAUUGUUUUGUUUUUCUUUUUAAGAUUGAUUUAUAUGACUUCUAUAAGUACAUGAGUAAAGAAACGUGUCUUAAUCAA